CUCCUGCAUGGAGGAGGGAAGGCACAAGGUUUAAAAAGGGAUAAAGAACCUUGGGGACACAGGGUGGGACACAGAAGGAGCGAUGGCAGGGAAUGGUGCUCACUCUAAUGGGGAGGACUCUGACAGAUGCAUCUUGGAGUGUGUGGUGUAAAGCUGAGCCUGGGGGAAGCUGAUGUUUGUGGUGGUGAAUUUCAGUUCUGGUUCUCUCUGUGCCUGAGCCUAUGGAGAAGUUGAGGCCAGUCCUCUGUUACACCGUGGGGGAUUCACACUACCCAAAACCAGUGCUGCUGCCAUCAGCUCACUUUUAUUUUAUGAAGAAAUCAGAAUGAUUGCUUGAGGAUUAUUGUAUCCAAAUGGAUUUAACCAGGAUCACUUGUGUGGAAUCCCAUGUCUCUUCUUGGGUACAUUAAGAUUUGCUAUGAUGGUGUCAUAGAACAUACAUACACUUGAGAUUUUUUAUUGAUAGAUAUUGUCUUGUUCCAUAGCUGUUUUCAUUAUAACCAGUUCUUUUGUUAGGGAUUUGGCUAAUCCAGGCUGUUGCACGUCCAACACCCACAUGGUAGGUUGCUGAGGGGCAGGGGCCCGUUAUGGGGAUCCCUUUGGGUUCAUCAAGGGGUGUUCAAGGAGGACAGGUGGGGCUGUCAUGGCUGGGGGGUUGUGCACAGUGCUCAUGUCAGCACAGGACAGCAGGACACAGCUCAGCCUGCAGCACCAGAUGCACUCAGGCAGCCCCAGCAGUGCUCCCUGUGUGAGAGAAGGUGGCCUGGGAGAGAGGAAAAGGUUUCAGCUUCUCUCCCAGAAACCCCCGUGGAGCAGCACUGGAUGCUGUAUAAGCCCAAGGAGCUGUGGAACAUGUCCUGGCCUCCUUCCCUGGAUCAUGAAGGGCACCAAAGUGCUUUCCACCACCUCAGCUCCACCUUUCCUAUCCUCAAGAGCGCCAGAAUAAUUGCUGGGUAACCACUCCACCAAGAGAGCUUCACCCUAAUUAGGAAAGGAGUGGAGGCAACUACAGAAACUGAAGACUCAGUGGAGGCAAUGUGAAGUGACCCUGUCUCCAAAGGACACAUCAUCAUCUUCACACACGGGGGAGGUCUGCCCUGAUUGCAUCUGUGGGAUUUUUCUGUUCCUAUUUUGAUGGUUUACUCAAAAAUCCCCUGUCUGUGGGAGAACAACACGUGACCACAUCAGAGGCUGAUUUCCUUUCCUGUGGAUUUCAGGACGAUGUCCAGAAAUACCUUCUCAGAUUUAUCCAGUGUCCUUGGGGUUCUGAGUUACUCGGGACCUUGCUGAGCUGCUGCUGCUGGCAACAGUUCCCAGGGGAUGGGUUAUACUGAGGGCUAUCUUGGGAAACUUCAAGCAUGAAACAAGCCUCAUUUGUGCUUUAUGAAACAAAAGCAAUUUUUCUGUAAGCAGUUUCUGGAAUCAGCAAAAUGCAAGGGUUUUUCUGAGAAAAGCUUCUAGGAGAACAAGGAUCGAGUCCAACUCCUAACUCUGCAUGGGACACCCCAAAACCCCGCCCUGUGCCUCAGAGUGUUGUCCAAGUGCCCUUUGAGCUCUGUCAGGCUUGGGGGUGCCCUGGGGAGCUGUUCCAGUGCCCGGCCAGGCUGUGGGGGAAGAACCUUUCCCUAAUAUCCAGCUUAAAGUUCCCUGGCGCAGCUUCAGCCGUUCUCCCUCUCGCCGGGUUUUCCCACCACCGCUUCCCCUCACGGCCGUUCCCGCCCUCAUUUCCCCUCACGGCCGUUCCCGCCUCCUUUCCAGCCCCUCAGGGCCGUUCCGCUCAGGGCGGUUCCCGCCUCCCCCCAGCCCCUCACGGCCGCUCCCGCCAUCUUCUCCCCUCAAGGCGGUUCCUGCCUCCUUUCCACCCCCUCACGGCCGUUCCCGCCCUCGUUUCCCCUCAGGGAGGUUCCCGCCUCCUUUCCGCCUCCUCACGGCCGUUCCCGCCCUCCUUUCCCCUCAGCGCGGUUCCCGCCUCCUUUCCACCUCCUCACGGCCGUUCCCCUCAGGGCGGUUCCUGUCUCCUUUCCAGCUCCUCACGGCCGUUCCCUCUCUCGGCUCCUCCCCGGGCGGCUCCCGCCGCGAUGUUCCGCGGACACCGCGCUUGGUUCUCGCAGAGCGUCAGCCCGGGCCCGCGGGGGCUCUGGGCCGACGGCGGCGGGACCAUCGCCCACUGGCUGGAUGCCGACUACCUCUUCAGCAGCGAUGCUGCCCACCCCGACACCCGCAGCAUACACGAGAGUCUCAGUUACCUGGAGGGCAAAGCCACGGUCUUUCACUCCUGUUACCUCUCAGUGUGUGCGAGCACCCGAGCUGCAGAGAGGCCCUCGGUGGUUCUGGGCCACUUUGUCCUGCCCCCUGCCUGCCUGCAUGAAGAAAUCAGAAGGAAGAUUGGCCGGUUUAUCUGGGAGAAGGCAGAUACCCUUGAAGAACAGCCCAAUGAAAAUCUGACAGAGGAACCAGAAGCAGCAAGAAAUAGCUGUGAGGAAAAAUCAGAGGAGGAAGUGCUAGACCUGGCUGAGAGCAGUGAAGAAACAGAGUCUGAAGCACCUACCCAGGGAGAAUUUCCAUGCCGUGCCCUCCAGGAAUACCCAAUAAAUAACAUGGUGACAGGUAAAUAAAUCCACCUGGAAAGGCCUGCAGAUGGAGCAGGGACUCAGUGAGCCCAUUCUCCCUCCACAGGCUAUGCCUCUGCACGGGACAUGAAGAAAUAUGAGGGGGAACUCCACGACUUUAUCCCCGGCACCUCGGGCUAUGCAGUCUACUGGGUUCAAAGCAAAUGCAGCAUUUACUGUGAGAAGGCCAAAAUGAAGAGGAAAUGUUAAGGAACAGGUGGCUGGAGCAGCAGAAAGCUGCCAGAUGAUUUAUGAAUUAUCCCACCACAGCUCAGAGCAUUCAAUGUGUUAAGUACUGGCUACAGUUAUAGCAGUAUUUGCUUCUUUAAAUAACUACUUAAACUAAAUUUCACAACAAACAUAAAUACAGACAUUUUUCCCCAAAACACAAAUAUUUUCUUUUUAUUGUGGGGCUGUAGGGAGUGUGGUGGUUUAAGCUGUGUUUUAACUAGUUUAAGCAAAUUUUUCUUGGAGGGACAAUACAAGGAGGGACAUCUCACUUUCAUUUAAUUAAAGAAUUUUAAGACUUUUUCCCUUUUGUUUAAGCACUUGGAAAUGACCAAUAGAGUUGCAAAAACAA